AUGAGUGCAAAGAAAAGAAAAAUAGUGGACGAAAAUAGAAGGUAUAGCGAUGAAUGGGAAGAAAAGUAUUUUUUUAUAACUCAAAACACAAAAUUAAUGUGUUUAAUUUGUCGAGAAACCGUCGCUGUGUUUAACGAUUAUAACGUUAAAAGACACUACGAAACAAAACACAAUGAUUAUUUGAAAUUCGAUAAAGAAGUGAAACAAUCGAAGCUCCAGGAAUUAAAGUCACAAUUAAGAACUCAACAAAAAAUGUUUGGUUCAGCUUUACAGCAACCUUUCAAUAUUGUUAAGGCAAGCUAUUCUGUUUCAUUCUUGAUAGCAAAAAAAAUGAAAACAUUUUCGGAUGGUGAAUUUGUGAAAGAAUGUUUGGAAGCUGUAGCAAAGGAUAUUGUUCCUGAUAAAAGUAAACUAUUUUCGAAUAUAAGUCUGUCCCGGCAAACAGUGUGUCGUCGAAUUAAUGACAUUUCAAAUGAAAUUAUUGUAAAACUGCGCGAUCGAAUUCGAGAUUUCAAAUAUUUUUCCUUAGCAUUCGACGAAAGUACAGACAUUUCAGAUACAGCUCAACUUGUAGUAUUCGUUCGUGGAAUAAAUGAAUCAUUUGAAAUAACUGAAGAAAUGUUAAGCUUGAUAAGUUUGAAAGAUACUACAAAAGGUGAAGAUAUUUUCCAUGCUGUUGAAAACUGUUUACGCGAAAACAACUUGGGUUUGGAAAUUCUUACUGGAAUAUCAACAGAUGGGGCGCCUGCUAUGAUCGGCAAAGAUAAGGGAGCUAUAAAAUUACUGAUCGGUAAAAUAGAAUCCAAGAACAAAACUCAUAAUUGCUGUAAAAGAGAUGAUUUAUUUAUAAUCCACUGUUUGAUUCACCAACAAAAUCUAUGUGCCCAAGUAUUAUCGAUGAAUCAUGUUAUGCAAGUAGUCAUAAAAACAGUUAAUUACAUUCGAUCACAUGCACUUCCUCACCGACAAUUUAAGGAGUUCCUGAAAGAAUUGGAUUCUGAAUAUGGUGACGUAGUAUACUUCAGUCAUGUCAGAUGGUUAAGUCGUGGAAGAUGUUUACAGCGAUUUUAUGAGUUACGUCAAGAAAUUGAUUUGUUUAUGAAUGAUAAGCAAAUACCAGUACCAGAAUUAAGAAAUGAUGAAUGGUUAUUGGAUUUAUGCUUUUUAGUGGAUAUUGUCGAAAAACUCAAUCAAUUAAAUAUAUCAUUACAGGGGAAAGAUAAUUUAAUAAUCGAUAUGUUUAAUCACAUCAAAGCAUUUCAGAAGAAAUUAUUGUUAUUUGAAUCUCAAUUGAAAAAUAAUAACGUUCAACACUUUCCAUUGUUAAAAGAUUUGAAAAAUUCAAAAUACUGGGAAAAUUAUCAACAAAUCAUGUCAGUUCAACUGAUACAGGUUAGUUUUAAUGAUUACGUCAGCGUUGAUGGUGCGAUAACGACUACAGAAGCAAUAAACAUAGACUUAGCAGUAGUGAAUGUAGACCAAGAAACCGAAGAAAAAGAAGAAGGCGAAGAACGCGAUGAAGAAGAAGUUAAUAUAAUAGCACCUUCAAGAGCUGAAGUUUUAGCCGCUCUCUAUACAAUCCAAAGGUAA